AUGAAUAACUUAACUGUAUCUUGUGCAACAAAAGACCUAAUAGAGCAAAUAGCUAUAUUAUUACAAGAAAUCAUUUCAACAGUAAAAAGUAAUGAUAAUGAUAGCUAUUGGCCAGAAGAAACUCAACAACCACCCCCAAA